UUAUUCUUAAUAAUGAACAAUAAUUUGAAUUAAUUUGCUCCCAUUUGGAUUCUAUUUGAAAUGUGCUUCCAUUUUAAUUUCUUACCCUGCUAUCCUGAAAAUAAACAAUUUAAAAAAUGUAAUGUGUAUCGACAUUUUUAGUGUACUCUUUCAUCGCAUUUUUUUUUUUUCUUAAAUUUUUGAAGCUACCAACAAAUAGGACAAUGAUAUAAUAAUAAUCAUGCCAAAAAGAGUUGAAUGUGGUAAUUGAUUCCCAGAAUAUCUAGCAAUCCUCAUCAUGAAUUAUUCUUAUUGAAAUCCUUUAUCAAUUGUUUAUUUAACAACCUAAUAGUAAACUCAACACUUUAAACUCCCAAAAUAGAUUUUAAUUAAACAAUUAAUAAAAACCAUAUUACUCAUUGUUGCACACUUCAUAAUAAGGACUAAUGCUACCUUAAAUUUAAACAGAAAAAAAGAGUUUAGGCAAACAGAAUCGGAAACCUCCAAUUAAAAUGAGCGUCAUUCUAUCCAAAUAUCAGGUAGCCUAAUAUCAUGAAACAAAUAAAUACUGAUGGUAAAAAAGCAAGAUUCCACGACAGCGUCUGUAAAAAAGAGAAUUUGUCACCUUCACGUUUAGAUGCAUAAACAGAGGGAAUAGGGAAGAAAAAUAGAAAAUAAAUCAAAACUAGUAGGUGGAGAUAUGAGGGAAUCCCAAAACCCCACACCCCUAUUGGCCCGAAACGCAAGCUCGCACGUACCAUCAUUGGAGGAAACGAAAGAAGGCUGUCUCUUAUUGGCUACGAGGGGUCUGUCGUAUGCCUACGACCCCCAUUUUUUGUCUCCUCACUCCGUUACGCCAGGAAAAAAGCUCAGUAGAGAAAGGAAAGAGCUGGAACGGAGGGGGUGAGAAGUUUGAACUGGGUUUGGAGUGAGAAAGCGUGCAGUGAAACAAACUAAAAGAGAAAGAAAUUGCAAGAAGACAACAUCUGAAAUGGUAACUCGAGUGUAAAAGAAAAGAAAUUUGGAAUUGUGAUUUUUUUAAAAAAAUACUGGCGAUUAUAUUAAGUGCACGUGUAUAAAUGGAAAUGAACUGAAGGGCUGAAAUGGACUAUGGCGGCUCCGAUCGCAGCUGAUAGAGACGUGGAGAAGGUGAGGCGUAAGCGGCUGGCUGAAAAGUGACAAUGAAAGAAGGAUCGGAAGGGGACAUUGGUUGUGAUGACGUCCCCACUUCUAGGGAUGCCGACAGCACAGUGUCAAAUGGCAAAGUCAAUGGAUCUAUGUCGAUGGUAUCGAGCCAGCCGCGAAGAAUACUUUCAGAUAGACCUCCAUCCAUGGGUGUUACAGCCCUUGCUACAUAUGAAGCUGAGAAGAAUAAUGCAUCACUAACUUCGACAUCAAUAAAAACCGAACAUGGGAAUCUUCCCAUGAACGGCACAACUUUGGCGAAUGCACUUCUUGGUAAUUUUUUAGAUGGGAGUCGAGGAUCUAGUGGAAGUCCGGGAAACAACGGUGAAUCUAUUGUUGGUGGCAUACACUCCACUAGUUCUAAUUUAACUGGAAAGGGUAUCAAAACAGAGGGAGGUCAAAAUCGGGAUAAACAGUUUAUGUGCAAGAUCUGCGAUCGUGCCUUUGGUUAUAAACACGUACUUCAAAAUCAUGAACGCACUCACACUGGGGAAAAACCAUUUGAAUGCAAAGAGUGUAGUAAGAGAUUUACAAGGGACCAUCAUUUAAAGACACAUAUGCGUCUCCAUACGGGUGAAAAACCGUACCAUUGCAGUCACUGCGACAGGCAGUUUGUUCAGGUUGCGAACCUCCGUAGGCACUUACGAGUACACACAGGCGAACGACCUUAUGCGUGUACUUUAUGUAGCUCAAGAUUUUCUGACAGUAAUCAGUUGAAAGCUCAUCUUCUUAUCCAUGAGGGAAUAAAACCAUUUCAUUGCAAAAAGUGUUCGGGUCGCUUCAGGCGUAGGCAUCAUUUAGUUCAUCACAAAUGUCCGAGGGAUGAAGCCAAUAUUGGAAGACCAAGGCGAGGCCGUCGUCCAAGAGCAUAUGACCAAGUUCCUACGCCGUUGCCCAAUUCUCUUCCUAUACUGUCUCCAGUCCUCAAAGAAAGACUAUCGACACCUCUGUCAGAUCUUACCCCUCAUCCUCCUGUAAGUUUAACCUCUGUAAUAAAGAGAAGUAAUUCUCCCACUUCUCCACCUAUACAGCCACCCGCGGCUCAUAUGCAAGCCGCGCAUAUGAUGCAUCUUACUUUGGGACAUAUAUCUAAUUUUCCCUUGCGACCGAACUCGAAUGGCAGAUACUACGAAGAAGUGCAAACAGGCCCCAUAGAUAUGACAGUUCAGUCUUCUGUUACAAGCAAUUCUGUAUCUGUAAUAGUGCCUCGUAUACCUCAACAAAACAACAACAAUUAUCAUUCUUCAAAUAUUCAUUCAUCAUUGGAUGUCGUGUUAGACUUAUCGAAUUCAAAAAGUGAUUCGGAGGCAGAACCAAUAGAGGAAGAAGUGGACGAAGAAGAUGAUUGUAUGGAUGAGGGGUUGGACUCAGAAAGUGAAGAAGACGACCAUUCUCACCUUCGCUUAGUUUCUUGGAAGGAUGAUUUCCACCAUCAUCCAAAGGAUUUAAGGCGCAGAAAUGGUGACAGAUAUGAUAGCGAAGGUGAAAGUAGUAAUCUAGCCCUCCAACUCAAAUUAAAAAUUAACUAAUUAAUUCUUAAGAAUUCAUUUUUGAAACAUCAGGAAUUAUAAGGCUUUGUGUUCUUUCUUCGUAAUAUUCUUGAACCAUAAAUCUACCUCAAAGAAAGGGGUGAGAAUGUGAAAAAUUAUGAUAACGAUUCCAGUCUCUGAAUUACUUCUAUCACAUCACCAGGAUAUUAUUUGUAAAGUUUAAUAGGGUGUAACGCUGGUCCUAACGCACAAAUUUUAUUUCAUAGUUUGUCCAAACCAUAGCGUAAUGAGCUUCUUAAUAUCACUCAUAUGCGUUAACACCAGAUAAGUUGAUGGGUUUCCAGGCAAGUUUUUUAAGACGUUUUACAUUAACGGAAAUGGCUUUUUUUACAAAUUUGGUGAGAGAUUUUUUUUUUACAAUGUGCAAAUGAAAGAUUUAUGAUUGACUAAAAAGAUAAUAUCCUGGAUAUUAAAUAGAUGAUUUUCAUUAAGUAUAUUUAUUGCUAGAUAAUUUUAUAUACUACAAACUUUACACUUCUCAGGUAUUUGUUAUUUCCAACCAGAAUAGAAAGCAACCGUACUUCGGUGAUAGAGGGAAUCAAAACGAAAACGCUACGUCGAAAGUGAAUCAGCGCAAAGUAAAUUGUGCAACAGUCAUUUAUGUUCCUAAUGUAAAUCAAAAUUAUUAGUUUAAUUUGUACUUCAAUCAAAACUCUCAGAAUAUCUUAUUAAUGAAAUAAGAUGUCAGAGUUUUGUGUCUUUCUCUGGUUGGAAAUUCUUACUCAGAGACUGGUUGCGUUUCAUAAUCACACGUUUCCUAAAAACCUAUUACCUCCACCUAGCCAGAGAGAAUUCUUUAUAUAUAUAUAUACGAAAAAUAUUAGAUAUAUGAAUAUAUAUUUAUAUUUAUUUCAUGCCAUUGUCCAUUUGAAGGUGACGCGCUUUUGAUUUUGGGUAAGAAUAAAACAAUGAUUGUUUCUCAGGUGACUGGGUGUAGAUAUUAACUCGAAAAAUUUUUCUUAUAGUUGUGCAGUUUUUGAUGUUUCUAAAUGAAAUUAACAUAAAAUUGAUUACACGCAUAAAUGUGAAAUUCAAAUCUAAUUUCUGUAAUUUUUUUAAGUAAAAACACGAAACACGAUUGCUCUACAUCUUACACCUUUAUUUUAGCAACCAAGCUUAUAAAUUUUUGGUGUUUAAAAUUAUGUGAACUGCAACGUAUUCAAUUUUGCACUUUUCAAUUAAGGCCUGAAUAAAAUACAUCUUUAUUAAUUUAACAAAAUACAACUCUUAUCUAGGAACAAAGCUAAACAAAGCCAGCAAAAUCAUAAUACAAAACCACCUUUAAAUAAGAAUUAUAUAAAUCUAAUCGUUCUAACUUCAUAUAUUUUUUUAAACCUGUUUUUAUCAAUACGUUCUAAUUGCUUAAAAUUCGAAUCUACAUAUUUAAUUCAAAUUUAAAAUAUUAUGUAUCGAAAAUAAGCACGCAUUCAACUGUUGCAUUAA